AUGACCAACAUAUAUGAUCGUGAAGCUUUGCUCAGAACAGUAUCUACUUUUCCUAUAAUUGACAAUCAUUGUCAUAAUAUUUUAACUUCUGAUGCAUCAUUGAGUUGUCCGUUGGAAGUAUGCUUUUCGGAGGCCCGUGGUGAUGCAUUAAACGAUGCGCUUCAAACUAGUGCCUUGAAAAGAGGUGUAAGACAACUUGCUGAACUUUAUAAUUGUCCACCAACCUUAGAUAAUAUCAAACAAGUGAGGGAUCUAAUGUCACAUGAUGACAUAUGUAAAACUUGCUUUAAACCUACUGGCAUCCAAUCCUUGCUUUUGGAUGAUGGGCUUGAUGCGUUAGAUGGUCUUAUGAAUGUGGAAAGUCACGCAGGAUUGGCUGACGUAGCGCGAAGAAUCGUGAGAAUCGAAAGUGUUGCUGAAAAAAUCUUGUAUGAUCUCGCAAAAUCUGUAGCUUCUACAAAUCAAAAAGAGCUAAAUUUUGCUGCGUUCGAAGAACCAUUGAGACAGCAACUUGAAACUUGUGCAAAAUCUGAAUCGGUGGUGGCCUUCAAAAGUAUUGCAGCUUAUAGGUCAGGAUUGAAUAUAGAUUGUAAUCAAAAUGUUGAAGCUGCAGCGACCGCUUUAGGGUACUUUGUUUCCGAUUUUGAGGCAUUAUCCGAUACGAUGGGAUCUGUCAGACUUGUUAACAAAGUCCUAAUUGAUUACAUAUUGAACUUGGCAAUCGAUAUUGCUACACAUCUUAAUAACAUAGGAUUUGGUGAUUCUGAUCUUGAUCUAAUUGCAUCUAAUCCGCUUUUGCUACGACCUUUGAUUGAGAAAUAUCCCAACGCAAAGAUCGUUCUUUUGCAUGCGGCGUAUCCUUAUUCCCGGCAGGCGGGAUUUCUUGCUUCAGUAUAUUCAAAUGUAUAUGUUGACAUUGGUCUUGUUUUUCCUUUGAUUUCUGCGUCUGGUCAGCAAGCCAUUUUACGUGAGCUGUUGGAGAUUUGUCCAAGCAACAAACUUUUAUUUAGUACAGAUGGUCACUACCAUCCAGAAUCUUUCUAUAUAGCUGUAAUUCAAGGAAGAGAAGCAUUAGGCAAGGUUUUAUUAGAGUCUGUAGAAAACGGUGAAUUUUUAUAUGAAGAAACAAUAAACAUCGCAAAGCAGAUUAUGUUUGAGAAUUCUAAUAUACUAUAUAAACUCAAAUUAACUCCGAAACAGACUGAUAAUAAAGAAUAUAGAGAUCUUUCGGGAGGACAAAAGAUCGUCAAAUUAAAAAAAAUGGGUGUAAAAUUUGUUCGUAUUGGCUUUAUGGAAUGUUCUAGUCAAUAUAGAUUUCAUAUUGUUCCCAUUGACCGUUUUCAAGACUACGUUGCUAGCAAUGGACUGACAAUUAUGCGAGCUCUCACAGCUUUGCCAUAUUAUGCAGAUGUGGUUCCAGACAAUAUUGGUGUCACCGCAGUCGGAGAAUUAUUGUUGAAACCUGAUCUUAAUACACUCACACAUUUACCUUAUAAUCCUAAGCAUGCAGAUGUUCAAACUUUCUUCGAAAAUAAAUUAACACCAGCAGACCCUCAAUUUGGAAAGAUUGAUAAUUCACUUGAUUCUCUGGCUUUCCCACUUUGCCCUAGAACUUGUCUUAAAAAUAUUAUUGAUUCUGCCCGUAGGGAUCUUGGUAUUACUUUUUUGAUUGGAAUCGAAUUUGAAUUUGUCUUACUUAAAGACACCUCACCUCCGGUGGCCGUUGAUGAUACUGUUUAUGCUUCGGCUAGGGCUUUUCGUUCUUCUAAUAAUGCAGAAGUCUUAGAUAAGAUGGUUGAGUCUUUGCAAGAACAAGGGAUUGAAGUUGAACAAUUUCAUUCUGAAGCGGCAAUAGGUCAAUUUGAAAUCGUUACCGGACCAGAAAGUCCGUUGACUGCAGCAGAUAAAACUGUUGUAACACGUCAAACAAUAUAUGAAGUUGCUGCUCGGGCUGGUUUAAAGGCAACGUUUGUACCUAAACCAUUUAAGGGACAAGCGGGAACUGGUGCGCAUGUGCAUCUAUCUUUCAAAGAAAUCGACAAGUCCAAGAAAAUUGUUGACGAUCACCCUUCAGGAUUAUCACCAUAUGAAAGGUCAUUUAUUGCUGGUGUUCUGCACCACAUCAAGGCCAUUUGUGCUUUUGCUUUACCAACAGACCUUUCAUAUACGCGCAUUGUUGAUAAUUGCUGGGCCGGAUCUUGGAUCUGUUGGAGCGUUGAGAAUCGUGAAACUCCAAUUAGAGUGUGUUAUAGACCAAAGAUUGGUCCCGAUGGGAAAUACCUUGAUGUUCAUUUCGAACACAAAUUUGUAGAUGCUACUUCUAACCCAUACCUCGUUUUCUCCGCACUUAUUGCUUCAGGAGUUGAUGGAAUUAAAAAAGGAAUGCAGCUUACUACUAAUCCCAUGCUCGAUAAUCCUGCUGCUCUAAGCAAUGAAGAACGUAAGAAAAGAGGUGUUACUGAGAGAAUGCCUGGAAGUCUGUCGGAUACAUUAAAAGCAUUGAGGGAAGACAAAGUACUUAUUGAAGCUCUAGGUGAACCCAUGGUACAAUGUUAUACCGGAGUAAAAGAGGAGGAUAGGGAUUGUUUUAUCGAGAAACUAGAAGGCGAAGAUAAAGGCAUCUCAAUUAUAAAUCUAAAUCGACCAAGCACAAAAAAUGCAAUGUCGCAAAAGCUUUUGAUGGAGUUUCAUGAUGCGAUAGGAAAACUACGAAAUGAAUCCGACAGUCGUGUCAUUUUACUAAAGAGUUUUGUUAAUGGUGCAUUCUGUUCUGGAGCAGAUUUGAAAGAGCGUGCUGGUAUGUCUCCAUCAGACGUGACAAAGUUUAUUCAUAACAUACGACGAGCUUUUCGAGAACUUGAAACACUUCCAAUCCCAUCAAUUGCCGUAAUUGACGGCCCAGCCAUAGGCGGAGGUCUUGAAUUAGCCCUUUGCUGCGAUUUGAGAGUCGCUGGUGAAAAUGCUAGAUUAGGACUUCCAGAAACGAAGCUAGCCAUCAUUCCUGGUGCUGGAGGAACACAACGAUUAGCCCGAGUGAUUGGAAUCGCAAAAGCAAAAGAAUUGAUUUAUACUGGUCGUAUUUUGAGCCCACAAGAGGCGUUGGACCUUGGAAUUGUAAAUUAUUGUGCACAGGAGGGGUCAUCGUAUCCGAUUGCGCUUAAACUAGCCAGAGAGAUUUUACCGAGUGGUCCUAUUGCUCUUCGAAUGGCAAAAUUGGCUAUUGACCGGGGUAAUCAGUUGGAUUUAGAUUCGGCUUUAGAAUUUGAAAAUGCAUGCUAUGAACAAGUUAUUCCAACAGAAGAUAGAGUAGAAG